AUGCCGCCGGUACUUAGGUCAAACCCUUUGUACACUGAAGAGGAAGAACAAGAGAUAGUGAUAAUCGUAGACUCACUGGAGACGGAGUCGGUGGAGGUCGCAGAUGACACCCGGAACCCUCGACGAGCGCCAUCUUACUCAUCAGGUUAUGGCAGCGGUGGAGGCAGCCACGGUCGCGUAUCACCAAGUUUACCAAAGAAUGAGGAAUAUGAAGUCGAGCCGAGACUCUCGGACUUAGAAAAGAAUGGAUCUCAAAGUACCUCCGAUUCUGAUGGCACCCCACCCUGUACCCUCUCCAGAAGUUUAAAAGAAGAUAUCCGCUCUUGUUUGGGAGGAUGCCGAUGGGAGAAAGAUGUGGGGCAAGUGGUAGAAGCGGCUGUCCGUGGGGCGGGCGGUGUGAGUGCUGCUAGGGCGCGGCUUCACGCUGCCCUUCUAGCCCUACAUGACCCACCCAGGGGCUAUAACCGGGGACCAUCGUUACCUUAUUGCGGGCCUGGCGUACGACCUGGUGAUGUCACCAUGAUGCCUAAAUCUACAGGCAUGUCUUUACUGAUAAGAUUUUUGGCAUGUCUGUCAUGUCUUAAUGCCUAA